AUGAAGAAACGCUAUGGUGGACAAAAGCGACUCAUGCACAUUGCAGGUGGCAAUCAACUCGUGCAGAGCUUGGUUCCCUCCAGUCGCGUUACCUCCACGUUUCACAUGCGUGUUAGGAAUCGUGGUGGCUUUGAUGUGACUGAUGACGUUGGGGCAGCUUUGACGCGAACGGAGUGGUAUCGCAGUGUUGCAUUGCCUCACCCAUCUGUCACGAAGUACGCUUACCACUUCACCAUCCAUCGCACCUUAAAUGACAGUGAUGAGGAACAACGCAGUGGUCGCACAGACCUGGUCAACUUCAUACCCACCAACCUUCCUCCUGAUAUCACACUUUCUCAAUACCAACCCUCAUCACCUCCGUCUCCGCAUUCUAACCUGCGGCAAUUCAUCCCAAAACUCUAUUGCAAUGUUUACGCUGUUCGAAGUCACACAGAUUAUGACCACGUCGUCAGCCACAAAAGUCUCACUUCUCUGCACCACAAAUGCCGGCACUCUGUGUGGGAUAAUCCAACAUAA